AUGUUAGGAGCUCGGAGUCUUCUCCAGAGCAACACACGACUGAAAGCUUCUACAACUUAUCUGAAUAUUGAGCCGGAGAGAGGCGAAAGUUCAAGUGCGAGCAGACCUCGUAUCAACAGAAAGUACUUCGCCUAUAGAAAAAACGAUGCAAAAUGUCCUAAGAAGUAUGCGAGCAGUGAGUGCCUAUCAUCAACCCCCAGCAGACAAACAACAACCCAAGAGGAGGAUGAUUGCAACCAAUCGGCGUCAUCCUCGGAAACAGACAGCGAGCUCGCCUACAACAGCGAGAACGAAAACUGGCUGCGAAAUGAGAAUGACAAGUUUCUAUUCGAUAGAAAUAUCAACCUAUCAAAAACCCCAACCAAUCAGAACACAGGAUUUGAGCAGACUAAUGCACCGAAUAUGUACUCAGCGAGAACGAAAAAUUUGGUCAAAACGGAGAAAACAAAUUUGGGUGGAGUUUUUUCGAAAAAGUUCUGGAAGAGUUCGGAAAGACCGGAGAGUAAUCAGAGUUUUCUCACACAAACAAACACUUUCGAAACAGUUUGCUCCAGAAGACCGGAAGGAAGAUUAUUCAAUGCACAUUUGCUGCAAUUUAAUUCUCAGAACCCUAAAAGCAAGAAGAUAGCGAGAUUAAAACCAUUGUUGGACUCAAAUGAUCACUCGAACAACCCAAAUUCAGUUUCUCAAAUCAACUCCUCACGCAUUAUGCACAACAGCGAGAAUAGAUCUGCUAAUAGAGCAGAAGAUCUAGGGCUGAGUACCUUAGAAAUCUGUCAAAGUAGUCCCGACAAUGUCCUUAGCUUCCCUACAACUUCAAUUGAGAUACCGCAAACUAUCGAAGUUCCCGCAUACUGCCUUAGCCCAAAUUCUGCAACUGACGACUCACACAAACUGAGACAAUUGAGGUCAGAUAGCCGACAGUUCACCUGGACGACAAGUAGUAGCACGACAACAGCUGUUUCGACUAGAAGUGGGACUAAAUGUCGGUUAAAAAGACAGCCAAUGAUUAAACUGACUAAAAAAGACGUGGAGCAUAUCAGAGUUUCUUGGAAUUAAAAGAAACUCCAAGAGUCAAUUUUCAUU